AAAACGGCUUUCAGUAAGCACUUUCUCAUGUCGUUUAUAUAGUUGUUCCCAUCAGUGCUUUUAUUUAUAUUUGUUCAACGAUAACUGAAACAGAUAGGGCUUGAAUGCCGUUAUAAAAAAAACUUAAUGUCCAUGGGACCAAUAACUGAACUUAUUGUAUAGGUGAAACCAUGGUAUUUGCGAUAUUAAUUAUUGUCGGAGUUAUUGGAUACGCCUUUACACUUGACUGCCCCCAGUGUCAACAUGCUGCCGGUGUAUCCAACCAGCCACCAAACCAUGAAGAAGAUUAUUUGGUGGAAAAGACGAUAAAUUUCGAUUGUGCGGAAAACACGAUUCGCGCAACAGCAUGUCAUGAAGGCAUCGACCGGUGUUACAGUUGGCACACAGUAUCCAACGGAAAGGGGCUAAUUAACAAUCCCGAAGUGGAGUACACAAUUGAAAAUGUACAGCGAGGUUGUGGAAAUCUGGUUGGUUCUCCGGAUCCAGACAUAUGUGAAGACUCUAAGAACGGAACUGGAUACAAGGUUGCACUUACUAUUGACGACUCCAAGUGUCAAUGGGGAGAUCACUCCAACCAGAAAUAUGACGAGGGGAAUCCAUCUGCCCAGCUUGUGCUUCCGCAGACGACAAAAGGCAAUCAGAGUAGCGAUAAUGUGUACAAACAUGGAGGAAAACAGCGCCCACAGAAACACCUGGUACCAUAUUUCUACAAUACAACAAGAGGUCAUAUAAGGAAGACAUACGAAAUGUCAGACGAGGAGGAUUUGCCUGAUUCCACUGAUGAUGAAGAUUAUGUGCCUUCAGAAGGGGAAGCUGUGUCAGAGGAAGAGAAUUCAGGUGACGAGGAAAACUUUGAUGCCUUGAGAGAUGAUGGUGAACAAGCAGCUUCUGGCAAGCGGAAGAGAAAAUCACCCAAGAAAAAGACUUCACCUGUAAGAAAGCGAAGAGGUGGAAUAAAAUUAGAGGAUGAGCAGGAGGAGGUUGGAGUGGUUGAAGACAAGAAUGUGGAGCUGCAGCAGCAGAUUAUUGCGGAGGGUGAGGCCAAGAAAGAGGAGCAUGCAAAGAAGCGUGCAGACGACCUGUGGUCCAGUUUCAUGUCUGACGUCGGCAAGAGACCUGAGAAGAAGCCAGAACUAGCGCCUGGGGGAUCCUUAGCUAACAUCAUGUCCAAGGCCCCCACCCCCAGCAAGCCUGAUCCCUUCGUCUCCCCUGGUGGAAAGCCCAUGUCCAGUGCCCCUCAGGCCUCAACUGCCCCUGCUAAAUCCACCAUCACUGUGACCAAGGUCUAUGACUUUGCAGGGGAAACAGUCCAGGUGACCAAGGAGCUUGAUGUGAACUCAAAGGAGGCGCAGGCUGAGUUACGCAAGAAGCAGGAGGGCGUGGCCAGUGCUUCCUCCACAGACUCACCCAUGGCCGCCUCAGGGGGAUUGAAGCGUCCAUCUGCAGGGGGCCUGGGAGGGGUGCUGGCUAAGAUCAACAAGCCGCCCAAGAUGGGGACACUGGAAAAAUCCAAGCUCGAUUGGGAAUCAUUCAAGCAGAAAGAAGGCAUAGAUGAAGAGCUCAAAAUUCACAACAGAGGAAAACAAAGUUACAUAGAGAGAAUGAAUUUCCUACAGAGAACAGACCAGAGACAAUAUGAAAUAGAACGGAACUUACGACUUGGGUCUUCAACAAGUAAAAGAUGAUACAAUUGAAGAUUGUAUUCAAAUUUAUACAAUUAAAAAAUCUCAAGUUAACAAAAGUGAUACAUUGAUUUGAUUAUGAUAUGAAAAGGAACUCAAUUGAAAUAUGGGGUAUUGAUCGCCUGUACAGUUAUACACAUCUUGUUGUGUAUUAUUAACAGACCCCUAGCUCGAACAAAAUGACCAAGGUUAGAAUGAAUUCUGGAGCUCCUUCAAAUAACUUGACUAACGCUGUCCAUGAACAUCAGAUUUUCAAUAUCUUUGAACAUCUAAUUGUACUUGAUUAAUCAUGUCAUACAUGGGUAUGUUGUUCAUCUUCAGCUAAUAACAUUGUGAAUGCUGAUGUCAUGUUUAUAUUAUUUUGUGCUGCAAUGUCUUUAUGCAGGUAGAAAUGAUUGUGCUGGUUGAAGAAUUAAAAUGUAUCCUUAGUUUCAGUCUAAAUUUCACACCAGAGCCACAUAUUCAUACUUGUAUGUGUAUAUUGAUCAGGAAAAAAGAAAACUAAUGUUUAAAGUU